AUGGCUCCCAACCACCGAGCUUCGUCCACCGGCAGCUUCAUUGAAAGCAUUGUCGCAGCCCGCAAGGAACUGGACAAUCUUGCUCUAAGCACUCCCGAAUCCUCUCUGGAUGGCUCCGCCGGCGGCUCUGCUGGAUCAUCAGCUCUGGGUAGCCCUGCCGGCGCGCUGUCACCAGUCACGCCCACAAUCGACGCCCCUGUCGCUGACAGCUUUGCUUUCGCCUUCGACAUCGACGGUGUCCUCAUUAGAGGAGGUCGGGCAAUCCCCGAAGCAGUUGAGGCGAUGAAGGUGUUGAAUGGCGACAACGAAUACGGUAUCCAGAUUCCGUACAUCUUCCUCACCAAUGGCGGUGGUAAGACGGAAGAAGAGAGAUGUGGUGAUCUGUCUAAGCAGAUGCAGAUCGACAUUUCGCCAGCGCAGUUUAUCUGCGGCCACACUCCCAUGAGGGAAAUGGCCGAGCGCUUCAACACUGUCCUUGUUGUUGGCGGUGAGGGCGAAAAGUGCCGCGAAGUUGCAGAGGGCUAUGGCUUCAAGGAUGUCAUUACACCCGGAGACAUUAUCAAGCAUAACUCCGCAACAACCCCCUUCCGCAAGCUCACUCAGGACGAACUUACAAAUUCUCGCGAAAGAGAUUUCACGGAUGUCACCAUUGAAGCCAUUUUUGUCUUCGCUGAUUCCCGAGACUGGGCUGGCGACAUUCAAAUUAUGCUGGAUCUCGCCAUGUCCAAGGGAGGCCGUCUCGGUACUCUGAGCGAAACUUUCGACGAGGGCCCACCGAUCUACUUCUCUCAUAACGAUGUCGUCUGGUCUGCUGCCCACGAUAAUGUUCGUCUUGGUAUGGGCGCUUUGCGCCGCAUGUUGGAGGUCAUUUUCCGCGACGUUACCAAGAAGAAGGGCAAAUUGCACACCCACGCUUUCGGCAAGCCCCAGGUCAGUACCUUCGAGUUUGCAACGAGAUUGCUGCAGCAAUGGCGUCGUCAGCAACACGGCUUGGACGCACCUCCCGACACCGUCUAUUUUGUUGGCGACACACCGGAGAGUGAUAUUCGGGGCACCAACGCCUACGAUGAGUAUGCGGACAAUGAGUGGCACAGCAUCCUCGUCAAGACCGGUGUCUACCAAGAUGGUACGGAGCCGGCUUACAAGCCCAAGGCGACUGUCGAUAACGUCCUAGACGCUGUGCGCUACGGCAUCCAGCGCGAGAUCCGCAAGAGGGUUGUCACAUCGCUGAGAAAGGACAUUCUCGGUGAAGAGGAGUGUUUGAAGGCUCUUCAGUCGAAGGACAGCGCCGUUUUCACUCCUCUGGAGGAGCGUAACCAGCCAAUUCUGGGCUAG